UUCGUCCGUAGUUCGCUCGUAGAUCGUCAGUCAGUCAGAGCGCCGCCCGCCGAUCCUACGUCCCGUGUUGUGACCAAAGACCGCGCAUUUUCGAAUUUCGAACGUUAUUCGUGUUUGUUUUUUAGUGACUUUAAUUGUUUGUGGAGUUGUGUGUUUUUUGACAACCAGUGAAGAAGUCAUGAGGCGGUGAAACCAAACUAGGAAGCCAGAGAAAACAUAAGCAAAAUGGGUCGUCUCCGAAAGUGCUGUUGCUGCGCAUCGACGCGCACCGGCUCGCUGAUCACUGCCGUGCUGGGCAUCAUCCUUUCCAUCGCCACCAUCAUCGUUAUCUGGACAGUGAAGAGUCACAGGAUCGUCUUCAGCACAUUCAUUUUCGAUGAGGAGUUUGACAAGAAACUCUCAGAUUUAGACAUUCCAAGAAUCAUCCUGACGAUAAACCUAGUCUUCACAUUUCUGAUAUGUACGCUGCUAAUAAUAGCUGUACAAAAGCGUCGGUCGUGGUUGAUGCUGCCGUGGGUGGUGCUGGGCAUCGUCCUAGCGAUAGGACUGCUGAUCAGCAUCCUGCACACCUCGAUAACAUACUACCUCGAUAAGGAAGACCACGUGGUGCUAGCUACCAUUGUGCUUAUCGGCGGACUCAUCUAUUUAGGUCUGUACCUCUACCUCUGGGCAGUGGUGUUCAGUCAUUACUUGGAUGUUCGCGACGAAGAGGAGCGCGGUCGGUACCGCAAGGCGCCAUACCGGCGAUAGAGCAACGAUGUUACUCGAUUAUAUUGGACAGUAUCGAUAAAUCGGUUACGAGGUUUAUCGAUUUUGUUUAGUGUAUAAAAAAGUACAAUGCAACGAUAUUAGUUAAGUCGUUUUUUGUGAAUUAUGUGGCGAAUAUGAUAAACUAUUUUAAUGUAUAAAAUAUCAAAAAGGUCAUAUUAAAGGAGGAGCCUUUUGUGUCGUUUGAAGUCGACAUUGCUAAAAAUAUGAAGAUAAAAUCUACCUUAUUGGUAGGACAUUAGUGCCUUAUGAAUAUAGUUAUAUAUUACGUUUCAAAACGUUAUGAACAUAAUAUUAUUAAGAUGAAUCUAAGAAAUACAAGAUCUGAGUAAAAUUUAUUUUCUUAUAGGUGUAUUGCUCACCUACCAAAGUUUUACAAAGAGAAAAAAUACAAGUCAUUUGAUUAUUUUAAAGAAACGUAUAGGUUACCAGACUUUAAUUUAUUCUAAGGAUAUAAAUAAAUGUUAUUAACUUAUUUUUGUAUUCAUAAACAGAAUAUUAUAAAUAUGUUGUUUCUAAUUAAAUGUAUAUUUAAUAACAA